GAUGUGAGCUUAGGAACCUAGACAGUGGUCUCCAAACCAUGGACCUCCAGCUGUUGCAAAACUACAACUUCCAGCAUGAUGUGAGCUUAGGAACCUCGUCAGUGGUCUCAAAACUGUGGACCUCCAGCUGUUGCAAAACUACAACUCCCAGCAUGAUGUGAGCCUAGGAACCUAGACAGUGGUCUCCAAACCGGGGACCUCCAGCUGUUGCAAAACUACAACUCCCAGCAUGAUGUGAGCCUAGGAACCUAGACAGUGGUCUCCAAACCAUGGACCUCCAGCUGCUGCAAAACUACAACUUCCAGCAUGCCCAGACAGCCAAUGUGACUACCCAGUGAGGGGCCCAAAAGGGUCUGACCAUGAAGACUCUGAUGCGGGCCAAGAAAUGUCCUCCUGAGUCAAGGAGGAUGAUCCGGGCCGGAUUCUACACCUGACACCCUGGCACCGUACCAUCAGCCGGAAGAACAUUCUGGAAGAACGCUUUGAUGGCCAGAAGAUGACUUCCUGGCACUUAUUAGAUAUGUUACCACGAAGCAGCUGACUUGUGGGCAUGAAGAGGUUAAAUAGAGUGUCCCUCAUUGGCACUAAUUGGUGACAGCUGUACGUGAUCCUUCAUAUGGGCGCGGGGGGGCAGGUGGCAUUACACACAGGGACAGAAGAGGUUUCGGAAGACGAUAAUCUUCUCCCUUGGAAAAGAACAUAUCCUGUCUUCAUAUAACCCCGUCCAUACGAGCCCUCUCCUCCAGAGAGACCUACAGGAGAGACUGUCCCAGGAGCUGACGCUCUAAACAUGGGCUGGAAGCCCCACGUCCUGAUCCUGCUGCCCGUCCUGAUCCUGCUGCCCGUCCUGAGCUAUGCAUUGGUCAACGAGGAAACCCGACUGAUCAAAGAUUUAUUCUCCAAUUACGAUAAAAACUCCCGGCCCGCCAAGUCGAUCAAGGACAUCGUCACGGUCAGACUCAAACUCACCCUGACCAACCUCAUCUCCCUGAAGGAGAAGGAGGAGACGAUGACCACCAAUGUGUGGCUGCAGCAGGAAUGGAAUGACUAUCGCAUGACGUGGAACAGUACAGAGUACGAUGGCAUAGAGUUGGUACGAAUCCCACAUGACAUGGUGUGGCUACCGGAAAUUGGACUGGAGAACAACAUCGAUGGACAGUUUGAUGUCGCAUACUAUGCCAACGUUCUAGUCAGUUACGAUGGGUCCAUGUAUUGGCUGCCACCGGCCAUCUUCAGGAGUCCGUGCUCCAUCGAGGUCACCUAUUUCCCUUUUGACUGGCAGAACUGCACCCUGGUGUUCAGGUCUCAAACCUACAACGCCAAUGAGGUGGACCUGCAGCUGGCAUUUGGUGACAGUGGGGAACCAUUGGAGAGGGUGGAUAUUGACCCUGAGGCCUUCACAGAAAAUGGGGAAUGGGCAAUAAAGCAUUGUCCGGCCUGGAAGUAUGUGAACCCCAGCUUCAAGCCGGACGACCUCCAGUACCAGCAGAUCAUCUUUGGUCUGAUCAUCCAGAGGAAACCUCUGUUCUACAUCGUGAACAUCAUUGUGCCGUGUGUCCUCAUGUCCUCGCUGGUGGUCCUCGUCUACUUCCUGCCGGCCAAAGCUGGUGGUCAGAAGUGUACGACGUCCAUCUCCGUCCUCCUGGGACAGGUUGUGUUCCUGUUCCUUAUUGCUCAGAAGGUCCCAGAAACUUCUUUGAGUGUCCCACUUAUUGGAAAGUACUUGAUCUUCGUGAUGAUCGUGUCCACCAUCAUUGUUCUCAGCUGCGUCAUUGUACUUAAUGUAUCAUUGCGAACCCCGAGCACCCACAACCUGACAGCGGUCAUGAAACACAGGCUCCUGGAGGUUUUACCGCGCUACCUGCAGAUGAAGAUCGAACCCUGUGAGGAGGAGGAAGCGCCGCGGGAGAGGAGGAAGAGCUCCCUGGGGAUCAUGCUGAAGGCGGAGGAGUACGUCCUGCGGAAGCCGCGCAGCGAACUGAUGUUCGAGCGCCAGAGGGAGCGGCACGGGAUGAGUCGGGACGACCGCGGCCACAGAGGUGAAGAAAAGGGAGCCAAAGGAGGCAGGAAGGGGCAGUGGAGGUGGCAGAUAGUGGACGGCUUCGAUGUUGCGGUCACCACCCCACUGUUCAAGAGCCUGGCGCACUGUGCCCCCGAAAUAAAGGAGUGUGUGGAGGCGUGUAACUUCAUCACCAGCAGCACCAAGGAGCAGAACAAGAGCGGCGCGGAAAUGGAAAACUGGGUGAUGAUUGGGAAGGUUCUGGACGUCCUGUGCUUUUGGGGGGCACUCCCCCUCUUUGUGGUGGGGACCCUGGCCAUCUUUUCCAUGGGACAGUUCAACAAUGCUCCGGAUCAGCCCUUCCCGAGUGGCGAUCACAUCUUCCCCCCUUGCUCCACUACUGCAUAAGGUUCGGCUCUAUGGGUCCACAGGGGAGG